AUGAAUAUAUCAACAAAUCAUCCACUUGGUGAUUUAACAAAUACAAUUAUACAUGAUGGAAAUAUUAAUAAUGGAUUUCAACUGACUGUUAGUCCUUAUAAAACUACAAAUGAUAAUAUUAAUGAAGAUAAUACAAUGGCUGCUAAAGACGCUGUACAAAAAGAAAAAGAAUCUCACAAAGAACAGAUUUAUUAUUCAGACACUUACAAAGAUGAAAUGUACGAAUAUCGUCAUGUUAUUUUGCCCAAGGAAAUUGCUAAGAAAGUGCCUAAAGGUCGAUUAUUAACAGAACAUGAAUGGCGACAUCUUGGUGUUCAACAAUCCCUUGGUUGGGUUCAUUUUAUGAUUCAUGAGCCAGAACCUCAUAUUUUAAUAUUUCGCCGUUCACUCAAAGUUAGUCAACAAGUUCAACAGCAACGAGCUGCAGCAGCUGCUGCUGCCCAUGCUCAACAACAGUUCAAUGCUGUACAUAUGAAAUAG